CUAAAAUUUGAAUUGGAAGGAAAAAAAAAGUUUUUUAAAGGAAGAAAGGAGGGGAAACUAAUAAUCACAGAUCUCAUUUUUCUUUAUCAUCAACAAUUGUUAAGGAUUUUAAUCUUCACUGAAUUUUACCAAGAAGUGUUUUGAAGAUGAUCUCAAUUCCAAUGGAUGAAGAAAACACAUUAGAAACCCUAGAUGUUGGUUUCACGGUGUAUGAUUGGCAAAAAGAGUUAGUAUCUGAUACAGCAGGUUUACUGGAAUCCUUUCAUUGUAUGUCUGGCUCCAGAUUGGUUCCUUCUGCGAUUCCAAAACUCAACUCAAUGGAAUCAUAAUAAUUUGGUUCUUGUAGAGGAUUUUGUGGAACCGGAAUACCUUACAUGCAAAAAUUGUUCAACUGAGAUUGAAGUUCCUUACACUCAGAAGAAAUUGACGGCUAAGUUUGAGAAGAAGAUAGAAGAAUUGACUAGCCAGUGCCAGAUGAAGACUAAUGAGUACUACGAAGCUUCGAUGGCACUUACAGCUUCUAAUGAGCAGUUGGAGAAGGUUCGAACCGAGCUUGAUGGCAAGAUGAUUGAACUCCAUGCUCUUGAUAAAACCGUGGAAAAACAAGCAGCGGAGUUGAGUGAUGUUUCUUGUAUACAUGAAUGUGGUAAGAAGUCUUGGGUUGUAGCUAUUAAUGACUUGGAAAGAAAAAUCAAGAUUAUGAAAACAGAGCAGUCACAGGUGUCUCUUGAAGCCCAUGAAUGUGCUAAUUCGAUUCCUGAUUUAAAUCAAAUGGUGUCUGCUGUUCAAGCAUUGGUUGCGGAAUGUGAUGAUCUCAAAAGCAAGUACUUGGAGGAACAAACAAUGAGAAAGAAACCAUACAACCAACUUCAGGAGUCUAAAGUUGAGCCAGGUCCUGCAAAGAAGCAAGUCGACAAUGUUGAGCUUCAAAAGUUGAAAACAAUGCUUGAUAAAGUAAAACAAGAGUCCAGAUCCAAAGACGAGUCCUUAAUAAAGUUAGAAGAUAACUUACAAAACUUGGAAAUUCAAGCGAGAUCCAAGGAUCAGCUGUGCAAAACCCAACUGGAAAAAGUUAAAGAACUAGAAGGACAAAUAAAUUCAAAGAUGGCAAUGCACAAACAAUCUGAGAAACAAGUUUGGCAACUUAAUGAGAAAUUGAAGAGCAGAGAAGAAACUUGCAGCAGUCUUCAACACAAGGUCAAAGAGCUCGAGAGUAAACUGAAAGAAGGAGAACACAUGGAGUCUUCGGCACUACAACAAAAGAUUAAGGUGCUCGAAAUCAAACUAAAAGAGAAAGCUCAGCAGCAAUCUGACCCUAUGGACCUUCAACAAAAGGUAAGGGAGCUCGAAAACAGGCUGAAGGAAACAGUGCAAAAGCAGGCUGAGUCUGUGAUUCUUCAACAAAAGGUGAAGGAGCUCGAAAGCAAGCUUAAAGAUCGAGAACGGAAUGCGGAUUCAGCACUUCUUCAUCAAAAGAAUAAGGAGCUUGAAGUAAAACUUAGAGAGCGAGAACAACAAUUGAAGUCUAUGCCCCAACUGUCGCAUUCUUCUAAUUUCAAAGAAUAUGUGAGUGAAAACGGAAGCCAGUCGAUGGUAAGAAGGAAAAGAAAACUUAGUAGUGGUCCAUCCAAUUCUUUGCUCGAGAAGAAUAUAAGGCCUGUGGAAGCGAAGAAAGCUAGGCUACUUUCAGUAGAUCCUAAAGCAUUGGCAAGAGUUGCAAGAAAAGCAAAAACAGGGAAUGUUUCUCGGCUUUCAUCACAUAACAAGGAGGAUCCUAUCAAAGAACGAGAUAAGACGAGAGGGUGGCUUAGAUAGUAACUGUAAUUGUGUUCUUACUUUCCCUUUCAUUGUUUGUACUAUAAUGGUGUGUGGUGUGUGUGUUAGAACUUGUAAUCUAACUUCAGUUGAAUAACAAAAUGAAUGAUAUUAUGAAGCGAAAACGGCUUCAUCA